AUGGAUGGAAUCCAGAUUUGACAUUCAUGGUUGAAACUGUUGUCAGUAUGUAUGACGGAGGUCAGAAAACAUGCACAACAAGAACAUAUUAAGGUGUGCACAGGAAGGCGAAAUACUAAAGCAUGCAAUAAUGGAUGCAACUGGAGAAGAGACAUCUUUUCAAAUGCCAGAUCUAAAUACUACAACAAAAGGUGCUGUGUCUGAACUCCUGGAGGAUGUUGGGAACUGUAGGCAGAGUAUCAACCAGGAGCUGAGCCUUCAUCUUCUCAGUGACUCUCUCUUCAGCGAGCAGCAGAAGCUCAGGCAUGUGUUGGACUGGGCUAACAGAUAUCUCUGCAGUGGUUCAGUGAUUUGCCAUCAACUCUGCAGAGCUGACAGUUUGAUAAACAAUAUGAAAAACAAAGGAAGCAAGAAAAUCUCACCCAAACAUUCAUCUGGAUCUAAAUAUCAUCAUCCAGUUUCCUUUGAUGCCGGUGCUCGUGAGGUAUAUGGGGGAGGAUCAAGUAUGAAAACAACUUGUCAGUCCAGAUCUUUAAAUGAUCUAACCAGCUCCUGUAGCUAUAAGUUUUCAUAUGACCUCCACAGUCCAGUCUCCUUUUCCCCAGGGACACAGGAGGAAAAUUGGCCUGAUACUGAAACUGAAAAUAUAAAAAGCACAGAGCAACAACAUGCCACCAAUAAACACAUUUCUAGCCAAGACUACCGCAGAACAAACAGAUUUCACAUGUCUAAUCAAAGGGACCACACAUUCACAUCUGAUGCUGCAACACACUUGAUCAAAGAGUCCACAUCAUCUGGGAGGAAUGCCAUUUGUAAAAAGAGCUCCGCGUACAGUGAAGUGAAUAUCUUAAAACCGCUAGAUGAAAGCAACAAUUUCAGUGGCAUGACUUCUAAAAGAGCUGGAGCUAAAAGAGAGGUGUCAGAAAGUCAAAAGGUACGGAGCAAAGAGGACAAGUGGAUGGAAGAAAAUGAGAAGGAGAAACUACAAGAUGACAGGAAUGAGGGAAAUUAUAGAAAAGAACAGGAAUCCAGUUCAGAUCACACACAUAGUCAAAUAAGCCUCGCUGAGCCAGAGAUGAUACCUGAGCAGACGGCAAAAACAGCUAAUUCCCAUGUUAUCCAUCCCUUGAAAUCGUCAUUAAACUUGAGUGUGUAUGAGCAGUACCAGCUAUGUGUGGCUCAGCUAAAUCACCUCAGAAUAAGCCAGCAUUUCAAGCCUGAGUCACCUGUGAAAGAGGGGACGACAUCUGGAGAAAUGGGCGAUUAUGUUAAAGCUCCAGCUUGUCCGGGGUCUUGCUUUGAACUGAACUCUUACAUCACAAAUCCUGAGAUUAAAAAACAGGUUAACAACACAGGAAGCAAAAGAGCCACCGCAGCAGAAAGCGCAGAGGAGAGGAGCUCACAUGGCACCAAGAAAACUCCUAGCGAAUAUAGAAGUGCAAAAUCUUGCAGCAAUUUGACUGUGAAGCAAACACCUACAGCUUUUAUGAAGGAAACUGCAGAAGAGAGAGCCUCGAAUGAUGAGAACAAGCCAGGUGAUGUGUACUGUGUGGAGAAGGAUGCUGCUCCUGUUUCUAACCCAGGUAUGGAAAUCGUUAUAUAUGUUGUAUGCAAUCAGUCGACGUGUGUUGAUGGUCCGGGGGUGUUUGGACCCUGA